AAUUACUUUUUCAAACUUUUAACAUUGAAAAAUAAAUGUAUGAUUCGUUUCAUUUGUUGUGUGCUGACUAUGGAAGGCUUAGCAAUAAAUAUUGUUUUCAUUAGCUUGUGUUCAAUUGCUAAUGGAUUUGUGCAAUUGGCUGGUAACAGAGAAGUAAAACUUUCUGUGGCUUUUUUUGCUCUUGCCGAGCAUUUUGAGGAAACACCAGAAGAGUUGGAACAAGAGUUAAGAUCAGCUUUGGUUUACUUCCCAAACUGGACUCAAAUAUUUAGGAAUGAUGAUUACUACUUAAACGUUGAUUAUACAUUGACGAUUUUGAAUAACAGCGCCAUCUAUUAUCCAUACUGGGUUGAACAGCUGGCCUCAGAUGACGUAUUUAACGGCGUACAGUCUAGUGCUGCUGUAAACAAUACCUACGCUAAUAUGAAGAUACUUCUCCUUCCUGAUCUUAACUCACAGGACUUGAUGGCAGGGUAUGCUGGCUCAGUAUCUGGCGUAGCAUUACAGGAUCCUUUUGGGCUUCUAAACAAGAUAGAGCAGUUUGCUGUUGCCAAAAUACAAACUAGACAAAGUUUCAUCAAGAACAAUGUUCCAAAUAUAAAUGGAAAAUAUGGACUAAACAGAUAUAAAUAUAACCCUGCUAUGUACUACAUCAGUCCACUCUUCACUAGAGAAUUUCGACGGCAAUAUUUCCGUGUGUAUGGGGACGAGAACGGAAAAGGAGAAUAUCUCCUGAAGCUAGCUGAAGAUCUUUGGACAAAUAGAACUGAGACGGACAAGAUGAAAAAUAUUGCCAUUGCUGUUCAUCAGUUCGGGCAUCUUCUUGGAGCUACAGAGUGUAUGGCCCUUGGCCCCUGGGAUGACACAAACAUUAUGUGUGGUCCAGCAGGGACAGAACUCUCUUCCUCCUCCUCGGCCCAGAUCUACUGCAGGAUUGUUAACAACUAUUUCGAUAGAAGAUCCCACACUUGCCAACCAAGAGAGGCAAUAGACUGGUGGUGGAGACGGGAUUAGACAACCAACGACGAGCUUGGCUAGAACCAAGGAACUAAUUUGUUUACAAAUAGUGUGUACAGCAGUUACUUGGGGAAAUAUAAACACAGUGAGGCUACGUUUGUUUACAUUUUAUCCAGUAACUGCAGUACAUUUAAUUUUUAAACAAAGCUAUGGGAUGUUUUUUGGUUUAAACCAUAUAUAUGUUGUUUUCUGAAAUAUAUAUUUUCAACAAGUGUA